CUGCCAAUAACAGUUCGAGUUGCGCUCAGCUUCAACGCUACAUUCUGGAGGCAGUACAGAACGAAAUCCCCAUUCCGAGUAAUCUCUCAUAAAUACAGAGAAGAAGAGAAGCUGUAUGCCUAUAAUAUAAUAGGCUGCGUCGUCGAUUAAUUAGGUUACAUGGACUCAAGAGAAAGCUAAUUAUUUUGGCGAAUGAAUAUAAUUGCAUAGCCUAAUUAACGGCUUGGAAACUCAGUCGGCUCUUCACUACAAAUCUGACCUAGGCUACCUGUGUAGAGGCGUUUGAUUUUACUCAUAUCCUGGAAUUGGUAUCAUCAAUAGUUUUCUCGUGUGCUUUUCAUUCGGGUUUAUAUUUGUUUGUAGCAAACGGCUCCCGAGUGCGACUGGAAUACGCGUCUGCACCGGGGAUUGAAUUGAUACAUCAUAACCGACCGGAAUUGUGAAUAAACAAGACAUUGUCCAGGGUAACGUAACCUCACUCUACAACCCAAUCCAUCUGGGCAAACUGAACGUGUAUUUCGGUAGCAGAGAGCGAUACUAAACCAGCAUAAUGCCUCUUGCACAUCUUGCGGAGCCCUGGCCCCAAAUGGAACUAGUUACACUGGACUCAGAGAAUGGGCAAAGCGUCACUGAGGAUGGGGUCCCACCUGCUGGUCACAAGGACAGGUCCCAUAUUACCUGGGUAGAGAAGGACUUUGCCAAUAUUACUGCCAAGGACAAUGAUGUCAUCAAGGAGAUCAACAUCACCAACGUGGUCAAGGAGGGCUCAGAGAAAGCCGACGCCCGCCAGUUUGAGCUGCUUAAAGUGCUGGGCCAGGGCUCCUUUGGCAAGGUGUUCUUGGUGCGGAAGGUGACGCCUCCCGACGACAACGAGCUGUAUGCUAUGAAGGUCCUGAGAAAAGCCACCCUCAAAGUGAGAGACCGGGUGAGGACCAAGAUGGAGAGAGAUAUCCUGGCAGACGUCAACCACCCCUUCGUGGUCAAACUCCACUAUGCAUUUCAGACAGAAGGAAAGCUCUACCUGAUCCUGGACUUUCUGAGAGGAGGAGAUCUCUUCACCAGACUGUCUAAAGAGGUGAUGUUCACAGAGGAGGAUGUGAAGUUCUACCUCGCAGAGUUGGCUCUGGGCCUGGACCACCUGCAUAGCCUGGGCAUCAUCUACAGAGACCUCAAACCUGAGAACAUUCUACUGGAUGAAGAGGGCCAUAUAAAACUCACAGAUUUUGGCUUGUGUAAGGAGGCUGUUGACCAAGAGAAGAAGGCCUACUCCUUCUGUGGUACGGUGGAAUACAUGGCGCCAGAGGUGGUGAACAGGCAGGGCCACAUACAGAGCGCCGACUGGUGGUCGUUUGGGGUACUGAUGUUUGAGAUGCUGACCGGAUCGCUUCCGUUCCAAGGGAAGGACCGCAAAGAGACCAUGAACCUCAUCCUCAAGGCCAGAUUGGGAAUGCCCCAAUUCCUCAGUACAGAGGCCCAGAGUCUCCUCCGAGCUCUGUUCAAGAGGAACCCCAUCAACAGAAUGGGGUCCGGGACGGAUGGUGCAGAGGAGAUCAAACGCCACACGUUCUUCUCCACCAUCGACUGGAAUAAACUGUUCCGGCGAGAGAUCCCACCCCCGUUCAAGCCGGCGGUGGCCCGACCAGACGACACCUUCUACUUCGACUCGGAGUUCACCUCCCGCACACCCAAAGACUCCCCAGGUGUUCCACCCAGUGCCGGAGCCCACCAGCUCUUCCGGGGCUUCAGCUUCGUCGCCCCGGCCAUGCUGGAUGAGGAGGGGGCCAAGGAGCCGGCCAAGCCCACACCACACCCAGUGGUCCAGCAACUCCAUGGAAAGAACGUGUUGUUCAGCGAUGGCUACAUGUUGAAGGAGGACAUCGGCAUGGGCUCUUUCUCCGUUUGCAAGCGCUGUAUCCACAAAGCCACCAACACCGAGUACGCCGCCAAGGUGAUUGACAAGACCAUGACAGACCCCUCAGAGGAGAUUGAGAUCCUGUUGAGAUACGGCCAGCACCCCAACAUCAUCACCCUGAAAGACGUGUAUGACAAUGGGAAGCAGGUGUAUCUGGUGACAGAGCUGAUGAGAGGUGGGGAGCUGCUGGACCGGAUCCUCAAACAGAAGAUCUUCUCCGAGCGAGAAGCCAGCUCCGUGCUCCACACCAUCACCAAGACUGUAGAGUACCUCCACGCACAGGGGGUUGUCCACAGGGAUCUAAAGCCCAGUAACAUCCUUUAUGUAGAUGAGUCGGGGAACUCUGAGUCUAUCCGGAUCUGUGACUUUGGUUUUGCCAAGCAGCUGAGAGCUGACAACGGCCUACUCAUGACUCCAUGCUACACCGCUAACUUCGUAGCUCCGGAGGUGUUAAAGCGUCAGGGCUAUGACGAGGGCUGCGACGUAUGGAGUCUGGGAGUGUUGUUGUACACCAUGCUGGCUGGCUUCACGCCAUUUGCCAACGGGCCCGAGGACACUCCAGAUGAGAUCCUGAGCAGGAUAGGCAGCGGUCACUUCACCCUGACUGGAGGCAACUGGGAUGCCGUGUCGGAAGCAGCGAAGGACCUGGUGUCUAAGAUGCUUCAUGUGGACCCUCACCAGCGGCUGACCGCAAUGCAGGUCCUCAAGCACCCCUGGAUUGUCCAGAGGGACAAGCUAUCCAACAGCCAGCUGCAGCACCAGGAUGCCAAGCUAGUCAAGGGGGCGAUGGCUGCCACCUACUCUGCCUUGAAGAGCUCCCAGCCCACCCCGGAGCUCAAGCCCAUUGAGUCGUCCUUCCUGGCCCAGCGACGUGUCAAGAAGCUCCCCUCCACCUCUCUGUAGAUCCACCAGAGAGAGACCAUGAGCACCGUCAGACUCUAGCUAGAACAUCAGCCAGUACAGGAACAAGUCACGGGACUGAAGAGACCGGUAGAUCCCCUCUAUCUAACCAGCCAAGGACCACUGACUACUCUACUGCUGUCUCCUUCCCUGGUAGUGAUAUCAAUACUCUGCUGUAGUCCCUUCCCCUGCCAAUGAUAUCGCUACUCUGCUGUAGUCCCCUGCCAAUGAUAUCGCUACUCUGCUGUAGUCCCCUGCCAAUGAUAUCACUACUCUGCUGUAGUCCCCUGCCAAUGAUAUCGCUACUCUGCUGUAGUCCCCUGCCAAUGAUAUCGCUACUCUGCUGUAGUCCCCUGCCAACGAUAUCGCUACUCUGCUGUAGUCCCCUGCCAACGAUAUCGCUACUCUGCUGUAGUCCCCUGCCAAUGAUAUCGCUACUCUGCUGUAGUCCCCUGCCAACGAUAUCGCUACUCUGCUGUAGUCCCUUCCCCUGCCAAUGAUAUCACUACUCUGCUGUAGUCCCCUGCCAACGAUAUCGCUACUCUGCUGUAGUCCCCUGCCAAUGAUAUCGCUACUCUGCUGUAGUCCCCUGCCAAUGAUAUCGCUACUCUGCUGUAGUCCCCUGCCAAUGAUAUCGCUACUCUGCUGUAGUCCCCUGCCAAUGAUAUCGCUACUCUGCUGUAGUCCCCUGCCAAUGAUAUCGCUACUCUGCUGUAGUCCCCUGCCAAUGAUAUCGCUACUCUGCUGCAGUCUUCACCCCUGCCAACGAUAUCGCUACUCUGUUGUAGUCCCCUGCCAACGAUAUCGCUACUCUGUUGUAGUCCCCUGCCAACGAUAUCGCUACUCUGCUGUAGUCCCCUGACAGUGAUAUCGCCACUCUGCUGUCGUCCCCUGCCAACGAUAUCGCUACUCUGCUGUCGUCCCCUGCCAACGAUAUCGCUACUCUGCUGUCGUCCCCUGCCAACGAUAUCGAUACAUGCUGUCGUCCCCUG